AUGGGCUUCUGCAUCUAUGAUAGCUACUUCAGUGAAAGAUGGACCUAUCGUACCACUAUAGGACUUCUUUCCACACAGAACAGAUUUGUCCCCAACUACAAAUGCGACACCCAUGACAAUCUGAAAGCAGUAAUCGGAGGACUUUAUUCUGAAAUCUCCCUGGUUAUGGCAACCAUUUUAGGCACCUACAAGGUCCCACAGUUCACGUAUGGCUCUGCUCCUAUGAUGACAGAUAAUUCCAAAGACCUUUCUUUCUAUCAAAUGGCACCAAAUGAAGCCCAUCAGUAUGAAGGGAUUCUCCAAUUACUUCUGCAUUUCAGCUGGAUAUGGCUGGGGGUCCUGGUUGCAGAUGAUGACAAUGGAGAAAAGUUCUUGCAGACUUUGAUGCCACAGUUUUCACAGAAUGGAAUCUGUGUUGCUUUAAUAGAAAGAGUCAAGGCGGCUUACAUCACUGACAUUUUUGACAUGUUGAAGUGGGGAUCACAAUUAUAUGAUACUAUUAUGGGGAGCAGAGCCAAUGUAUUCAUCUUCUACGGAGAAACUCAGUCUAUGAUAAAUUGGAGAUGGUUGCUACAUCUACCAGAAAUGGGAUACACAACAAUGGGGGGCAAAGGUAAAGUGUGGAUUUUGACAGCCCAGAUGGAACUUGGAUCACUGAUUUACCAAAGGGGUUGGGAUGUACAACCCAUCCAUGGCACUUUGUCAUUUACAGUUCACUCAAAAGAGCUACAUGGAUUCCACAAUUUUCUUGUGGUCAGAAACCUUUCCAGAUCAAACAAUGAUGGAUUUAUUAGGGACUUCUGGGAACAAGCAUUCACCUGUGUUUCCCCCGAUUCUGAUGUGGACAGAGAAGCAAAGGACAUUUGUACUGGAGAAGAAGACCUGGAAAGCCUGCCUGGGACUGUCUUUGAAAUGAAUAUGACUGGCCACAGCUAUAGUAUCUAUAAUGCUGCCUAUACUGUGGCACAUGCAUUGCAUGUUAUGCUUUCAUCCACAUCCAAACACAGCAUAAUCACAGAAGGGGAGAUACUGAAGCUUCAAGAUCAACAGCCAUGGCAGCUUCACCAUUUUUUGAGAGGGAUGUCAUUUAACAACAGUGUUGGGGACAAAAUUUAUUUCAACCAGAAUAGGGAAUUGGAAGCUGGCUAUGAUAUUAUAAACUGGGUCACAUUUUCAAACCAAUCCUUUCAUAGAGUAACAGUAGGAAUGAUGGAUCCCCAGGCUCCACCUGACCAACAAUUUACUAUUAAUGAAGGUGUAAUUACAUGGCACAGCUGGUUCAACCAGGCAUUGCCUCUUUCAGUGUGCAAUGACAACUGCCACCCUGGGUCUCGAAGGAAAGAGAAGGAAGGGAAGCCUUUUUGCUGUUAUGAUUGUGUCCGAUGUCCGAAAGGGAAGAUCACACAGUAUGUUGACAUGGAUUACUGUAUUCAGUGCCCUGAAGAACAAUAUCCAAACAAGAAUCAGAAUUCAUGUGUUUCAAAAGUUGUAACUUUUUUGUGUUAUGAAGAAAUUUUGGGAGUCACUUUAGCCAGUUUUGCUCUUUUCUUUUCUUUGGUCACAGUUCUGAUUUUAGGAAUAUUUCUAAAGUACCGCAACAGCCCCUUAGUCAAAGCCAACAACCGGAAUCUCACAUACACACUUCUCAUUUCCCUUCUGUUCUGUUUCCUUUGUGCAUUACUAUUUAUUGGCAGACCAGUGAAACUAACGUGCCUUCUUCGGCAAACUGCCUUUGGCAUGAUCUUCUCAUUGGCUGUAUCUUGUGUUUUGGCAAAAACCAUCACAGUAGUUCUGGCUUUCAUGGCCACCAAACCAGGAUCCAAUAUAAGGAAAUGGGUGGGGAAAAGAUUGGCCAUCUCCGUUGUUAUUUUUUGCUCCCUAAUUCAGGCAGGCAUUUGCACUUUGUGGCUGGCCACCUCUCCUCCAUUCCCAAAUUUUUACGUGCACUCAGAAAUAUUAGAAGAAAGUGUACUGGAAUGUAAUGAAGGAUCAGUUACCAUGUUUUACUCUCUGGUGUGCUACAUGGGCUUCUUAGCUAUUAUCUGCUUCAUUCUUGCUUUCCUAGCUAGGAAACUGCCAGACAGUUUUAAUGAAGCUAAGUUCAUCACUCUCAGUAUGUUACUCUUUUGCAGUGUUUGGUUGUCCUUUAUUCCAACUUAUGUGAGCACCAAAGGGAAAUAUAUGGUUGCUGUGGAGAUCUUCUCCAUCUUAGCCUCCAGUGCUGGAUUGCUGAGUUUCAUAUUUUUCCCCAAAUGUUACAUCAUUCUUCUAAGGCCUAAGCUGAACAAAAGAGAACAUGUCUUAGGGCGAAAAUAUUGA